CUUGAGAGACUUUUUGUUACAAUAAUUAAUAAAGAUGUCACAAAACAAUAAAAAUAAAAUUACAACAUUUUUUACUAGAACCCUUAACAUUGAACCCUCCAAUAAUCUUAAAAGGAAACAUGAACACGUUAAUCAAUCGGAAAAUGAAACAAUCCAAAAUAAUUUGGAAUGUGCUGUAAACGUAGUGCCAUCAGUGCCGAAAAAUGAUAUCGGAUUAUUUAUUAGUAGAAGCUUAUCUGAUGUUGAAAAACAUAUAGUGUUGACAAACUUAUGGUCACCACCAUUGAAUUACUUAUAUCCAUUACUUGAACAACAUACCAAAAGAAAAAUCAAAUUUCAACAUCAUUGGUUAGGGAAAUUUAAUUGGUUAUGCUAUUCUGAGCAAUUGCAAGGUGCAUUUUGCAAAUAUUGUGCAGUUUUUGCUAGAAGUGGUGGUGUUGGAAAUCAGACUUUGAGCAGCCUUGUAACAACUGCUUGCCAAAAUUGGAAAAACGCUUUAAAAGUAUUUGAAAAUCACAGCAACAAUGACUAUCAUAAAACUUCUGUAUUAAAAGGUGAAAACUUCAUACAAUUAUUUUCAUCUAACAAACCAAACAUUGUGGCGUGCUAUAUUAAAAAAAAAUGAAGAAGAUCCAAAAAAUAGUUUGGAAGCAUUGAGGCUGUGCAAGCAGGAGUUAUUUCCAAAUAUUCAUCGUUUGCUGCUUAUCUUAUGUACUCUACCAGUAUCGACAGCAACACCAGAGCGUACAUUCUCAUGUUUAAAAAGGUUAAAAAGUUAUCAGCGUAGCACAAUGACAGAGGUAUUUCUUCCCAUAUUUAUUUUAAGAUUAAAGGACAGCUUGUUAUAAUUUAAAA